AUCCACUGCCCCUGAUCUGUUGUUAAGUGUGCCCACAGGCUGCAGCAUCAUGAGAUUACGUCCCCGCCUGGAUUUGUGUCACGCCGGGUUUUGGGAUGUCUGACUUAAGAUGUUGUCUGCCUCUAAAAGGCAUGUGAGUGUCACAGCGAUCAGUGUUGUGGGCUGCAUUCAGAAUCAGGAGGAACGUAACCACAGUGCAGGCGGGCUGAGGUGGAUCUGCCCACAUGUCAUCAUUCAGUGCCAGGCAUCUAAAUUAAGAGCAUCAGUGAGCGAUUAAAUAAAUGGUUUCUCUCUCCCUCUCCCUCUCUCUGCACUCAUUUCACAGUAAAUGGGUAUUGAUUGAUGACAACUCAAAGGUGGACACAAACCUGUAGAGCGAACUCCUCUGUGAAAGAAACAGCGUUGUUUUUCUAUCACCACCCCGUGGACAUAUCUUCUCUCUCUUCUCCUCUUUCUACUCCCGUCUUUUCCUCUCCUCCACUCUCAUCUUAAUUUACCUUUUGAUUCCUUCACUCUUUUUUGUCUCCUCUCCCCAUCUCACCAUCCACUCAUCUCCUUUAUUCUUGUUUCCUCUCCUCUCUUGUUUUCUCUUUAUUUUCCUCCCCAGUCUUUCCUUUUCUUCAUCUCCUGUCCUCUCUCCUUUCCUCUCCUCUUUUUGUCCUCUUAAGUCUUAUUUCUUUUCUUAUCCUUUGAUCUCCUCUAGCCCAGUUUCUAGCCGUCUUCUUUCUUCUCCUCUUCUUCAUUCCUCUUUUUCUCCUCUCUUUCAUCUCAUGCCCUCAGUAGUCCUCCCCUUCCUCCCCUUCCUUAUCCUCACCCCUGCUUAUCUCCUCUUGUUCUUCUUCUCUCGUCUAUCCUUGUGGCUUCCUCUCUUCUCUAUUUCUUCUUCUUUUUCUUUUUGUCCUCUCUUCUUCCUCUUUUGCCAUAUCUCUCUUUCCUCCCUUUCUUCUUCUGUCCUCCCCAGUCUCCUGUUUCUUUUCUCUCACUUAUCCUCUCCUGUCUCCUUUUUUGUUUUUCCUCUUCUUAUUAUCGUCUCCUCUCCUGCCCCCCUUCACCCCUGCAUUGCUGCUUUUUUAUCCUCCCUUUUUUAUCCUCUCUUUCCUUUCCUUCCCCACUAGUCCUCUUCUCUCCUUUCCUUUUUUCAUCUCUUUUUCAUCCUUUUAUUUCCUUUCCUAUCUUCUAUCUCCUCUCCUCUUGUCUUUCUUUUCCUCAUCCCUGCAUCUCCCUUUUUUCUUCCUCCUACACUCCCUCUCUCCUUUCUAAUACCUUCCUCUCCUCUCUCACUUCAUCUACCUCUCCUUCCUUCUCUCUCUUUCCUCAUUUCCUGGCCUUUUUGUAUGUGCUCUCGAGUCCCACUUGUCUUCUCCUUUAAACAUCUCUUCCUCUCCCCCUCUCCCUCUCUUCAUCUCUUCUCUCUAUUAGUCUCUCUCUCUCUCUCCUCCUCCUCCUCCUCCUCCUCUUCCAGCAGUAGAGAAUCAGUGAGCAGCAGCAGCAGCAGCAGCAGUGUCACUCAGCACGGCAGCGACUCGCAUGAAAGUGAGGACCUCUUGUUUUUCUUUUUCUUGCCUCUUUGAUUUUCUUUUCUUUUUCUUUUUUUUUUUAAAUUUAGAUCACCUCUUCCUCCUGCUCUCCCUUCUCCUUUUUUUUUAUCUCCUCUUCCCAUUCAGUCUUUUCAGUCAUUUCUUCUCUACUUUUUAAUCCUUUUUUCUGCCGUAUUAAUCGCUUUCGGAGUGCAGCAGAAUGAGAGUACCAUGCAUUCCAAAUCGGGUUUCUGUCCUUGCUCCAACUAGAGCAUGAAGCCAUAUGCUUUUCUAUUAUUGUCACUGUUAUUUUUAUUAUUCUUUUCAUUUUUUGCAUCUCAUUCGAAGUAAGUAGGCCAGUCCUGCAGCAUUAAUAUAGUAUGUCCACCUCUGAUCUCAGAUGUGCUUGUGAAUGGAUAUUUUAACAGGUAUGAAUUAAUGUUUAAAUCAUGAAAAUUCUUCUUUCAGAGGCAGAAUGUGUUGCGGCAGAUGAAGCAAUUCGUUUUUUGGAUGUAAUAUUUUGAAAUAUUGACCAUAGCUGUAGGGCUGUGAGGAUUUGAGCUGUUCAUGUGUAAUUUGUGUUUUGAGAGGGAGAUAAUUUGUACGUUGUCAGUGGUGACAAUAUUAUUGGAUGUUUUUUUUCUGGACACAAAGAGACAGAUUUGAAUUUUUCUUCUUGGCAGAAUCUUUCACUGCCUUUACACUCUUUUUUUUUUUUUCCUUCUUCCCUUUGUCAUAUUUGUAUUUUGUUAUUUUCUAACUGACUGGCAUAAAAACAGUCAGCGGUGAAUGCACUGGAGGUAAAAAAACAAAAAAAAAACCAGGGAUCAUGACGUCGGUCAUUUAACCAGGAUGGACUUAUCAGCUGUAUUCACUCCUGUUCUGGCCACGAUGCCGGCCUCUUUACCAACAAACUCUUCUUUGGAGAAUGUCAGUCAGACGUCCUCCUCCUCCUCCUCCUCGAGAUCUCCUCCUCUACCUCCUCACUCGCAGGUGGCGUCAGUGUUAAUCGUGCUGGUGGUCACAGUAAUCAUCCUGGGGACCGUGGUGGGCAACGUGCUGGUCGUGGUGGCGGUGUUCACAAGCCGAGCCCUGAGGGCGCCUCAGAAUCUCUUCCUGGUGUCUUUGGCAUCAGCAGACAUACUGGUGGCGACGCUGGUCAUCCCCUUCUCCCUGGCUAAUGAGGUCAUGGGUUACUGGUACUUUGGAUCCACCUGGUGCUCCUUCUACCUGGCUCUGGAUGUCCUCUUUUGUACUUCCUCCAUCGUCCACCUCUGCGCCAUCAGCCUCGACCGCUACUGGUCCGUCACUAAAGCCGUCAGCUACAACCGCAAACGGACACCCAAACGGAUUAAAGCAAUGAUCAGCAUCGUGUGGCUCAUAUCUAUCGUCAUCUCGUCCCCGCCGCUCCUCAUGGCGCAGAAAGAGGAGGAUUUUGAGAGGGAGGACGAGAAUGACAUGCAGAGGCAGGAGUGUCUCCUCAACAACCAGACGUGGUACAUCCUCUCCUCCUGCCUUGUGUCUUUCUUUGCCCCAGGAGUCAUCAUGAUACUCGUUUACUGUAAGAUCUACCGUGUUGCCAAGCAGCGAGCCUCCACUGUGUUUGUGGCAAAGAAUGUGGUGGAGCGGCAGCCGUCACAGUCUGAGACCUGCUUUGUGGGCACCACCAGGACUUGCCAAAGAAAGGGAGCCGGCUGCAGCAAAUCCCAGUAUGAACUGGACAGCCCACUUCCUGCCAACCGACACAGCUCUUCCAACAAAGACAGCAGCAGCAGUAGGAGAGGAGAGCUGGAUGAUAUUGACUUAGAGGAGAAGAUCUGCGAAGCUGACAUAAAAACAUCCUCCUCGUUUUCCUCGUCUCUCCGCUUCCCCAGAAGAGCUUGCGUGAGGGUGAAGACGGAGGAGGCGAAGGACACAGAGGGAGCGAUGAGCAGGCUGAAGCCUCCUCCACCUCCUUCCUGUGCCUCUAUAUCAUGGGCAUCAUCUGACCACCUCUCCCACCACUGCCUCCUCCCCUCCCCCGUGGCUCUCCGCAGCAGGCAGAUGUCUCUGUCCAAAAACAAAGUAGCUCAAAUGAGGGAGAAGCGCUUCACAUUUGUUCUGGCGGUAGUGAUGGGGGUAUUUGUCCUCUGCUGGUUCCCAUUCUUCUUCACUUACAGUCUCCACGCUGUCUGCAGAGAGAAGUGUACGAUCCCUGACACACUCUUCAACCUUUUUUUCUGGAUCGGAUACUGCAACAGCUGCCUGAACCCGAUCAUUUACACUAUUUUUAACCGAGACUUCAGGAGGGCCUUCAAAAAGAUUUUAUUCCAUACUCACAAACGAACAUAAGAUGUGAAUGUAUGUGUGUUUGUGUGAGUUUCUCCUGCUCAAACACAGACACACACUCACACGUAAAUGUGUGCACACAGUUUUAAUCCUGUUUUCCACUGUGCUGUCGUACUGACAUUAAAGGGCUUGUCAUACA